AUGAGGCCCUGGGCUGUCCUGCUCGCCGGGGCUCUGGUCACCUUCCUGCCACCUCCUGGGGCCGCCGCGCCCGUCCACAGGCAGCAACCCCGUAACAAGCUCCUGCUCGUGUCCUUCGAUGGCUUCCGCUGGGACUAUGACCAGGAUGUGGACACCCCCAACCUGGACGCCAUGGCUCGAGAGGGGGUAAAAGCUCGCCACAUGACGCCGGCCUUCGUCACCAUGACCAGCCCCUGUCACUUCACGCUGGUCACUGGCAAAUACAUCGAGAACCACGGCGUGGUGCACAACAUGUUCUACAACACCACCACCACGGUGAGGCUGCCCUACCACGCCACCCUGGGCAUCCCGCAGUGGUGGGACAACGGCAGCGUGCCCAUCUGGAUCACGGCCCAGAGACAGGGCCUAAAGACUGGCUCCUUCUUCUACCCGGGCGGGAACGUGACCUACCAAGGAGAGGCCGUGACGCUGAGCCGGAAGGAAGGCGUCUGGCACAAUUACAGCGACGAGGAGGAGUGGAAGGCGAACGUGGACACGGUGAUGGGCUGGUUCACCCACGAGGACCUGGCACUGGUCACGCUCUACUUCGGGGAGCCGGACUCCACGGGCCACAAGUAUGGGCCCGAGUCCGCCGCGCGCAGGGAGAUGGUGAGGCAGGUGGACAGGACCGUGGGCUACCUGCGGGACAGCAUCGCACGGCACGGACUCAGCGGCCGCCUGGACCUCAUCGUCACCUCUGACCACGGCAUGACCACCGUCGCCAAGACGGCCGGAGACCUGGUGGAGCUCCACAGGUUCCCCAACUUCACCUUCCGGGACAUCGCCUUCGAGCUUUUAGACUACGGGCCCAACGGCAUGCUGAUCCCCAAGGAGGGGAGGCUGGAGGCGGUGUACGGGGCGCUGAAGACGGCGCACCCCCGGCUGCACGUCUACAAGAAGGAGGAGUUCCCCCGGGCCUUCCGCUACGCCGGCCACCCCAGGAUCACCCCCCUGCUCAUGUACAGCGACCUCGGCUACGUCAUCCACGGGAGAGUGAACGUCCAGUUCAACAACGGGGAACACGGCUUCGACAACAACGACAUGGACAUGAAGACCAUCUUCCGGGCCGUGGGCCCGAGCUUCAAGGCCGGCCUGGAGGUGGAGCCCUUCGAGAGCGUGCACGUGUACGCGCUCAUGUGUGAGCUGCUGGGCAUCGAGCCCGAGCCCAAUGAUGGGGACCCCGGCGUCCUGCGGCCCACACUCCGCUCGGCCGCCCCACUCCUGCCCCGCCGCCCGCCCCCCCUGCCGAUGGCGCUGCUGGGAGCCCUGGUCCUUUUGGCCAAAAUCCAAUCGCAGUCUCUGGAGCGGCUGCCUCCUCCCAAAAGGCCUGGCCCUGGGCUGCAGGCUCCUGGCCCCAGAACCAUGGGUGGAAUGGCCCAUGGCGGCUGCAGCUGCACCCUGGACCCCAGAGCCCGCGCUCCACACCAGCUCUGGCUGCGUGUCCAGGCCCCAGCCGGCCGAGUUGAAGGUCCCAAGCUGGCCAAACGCAUCCCCACAGCUGAGGUAGACGGCCCUGUUCUUCGCAGCCUGAAACAGCCUCAGCUGGACUCAUCACCCCCGUCUGCAUCCAGGGCUCUGCUAGAUGCUGGCCCAGCAAGCUCCGAGAAGUCAGGCUACCGUCAGUCCGUGUGCAACAUCCUACAGAAAGCAGCACUGGACACAGCCUUGUGGUGUCCAGCGCCCUGUGGCCUCCUCCGUGUGGCAGGCUCGAGCGCGGCCAGCGGGGCACACAGGGCCCCGGGCAUCACCCUGUGUGGCUGGGCGCACCGCGGCCGGCCCUGCUCCCAUGAGCCUGUAGCCCAGGGCAGGUUCAAGCUGGCCUGCUUCAGGCUGCACCAGGCCAGAGCAGCGGUGCAGAGCAAAGACCUUCAGGAGCAGAACUUUGAGGGUCCCCUGGGGCAGGGAUCCCGGAGCCAGCAUCGGCGUUGCUGCUGCCCUGAUCAAAGUCAGGAGGAGCGAGCCUGGGGCACGGCUCUGGUCCCCUCAGGACUCCGCCAUCGCGAGGACUCCAGGUCCCGGAAGAACGGUCGCCAGCUGUCAGCCACCCUGACAGAAGAGAAGAAACUAAGUGGAGCGGUGCACAUCUCCCCCAUCUCCAUAAACAAGAGGAUCAAGGACUAG